AGAAGGACCAAAGUGUAUUAUUUUGCGGAAGUGGGUUGUGUUGUGGCAAAACGUCACCAGUUUUUAGUUAUUGUAGCUAACACUUCUUUUAAAAGUUAUUUGACCGUGAUUUAUUGAGCAUGUUUAAUAAACUGGGAAGUUGGCUUGGUAUACAAGAGCAAAAUGGGCAAAAUAAUCAAGAAACAGAGAGUUCUAAUGAUGAUAAUGGCGACAACAUUGAGGUAAACAACCUAUCAGACAAUCAACAGAUGAGUGGUGACCAAGUCCAACUUUUACCAGAGGCCAAAGGUUUUAGCGGUUACAUUUAUAAUAUUGCUAGCAGUGCCAGCAAGAAAUUAUCAAAGUCUGUUGUGGGAACUGCACAAUCUUUAAAGAAAAGUGUUGAGGAUGGAAAUAUUAACAAAAUUUUUGAUAAAACAAUAUUAGGUGACUUUCAGAAAGAACAAGAAAAGUUUGUUCAGGAGAAAAGAGCCAAGCAGUGCACUGGUGCUGUCCCUCCCUGGGUUGGGUAUAACGAUGAGGACAGUGUACAGCAACAGAUUUUGUCUCUCUCUAUCGACCAGAGGAAUUUUCUGAGGGACCCUCCUGCCGGGGUAAACUUUAAUUUUGACUUUGAACAAGUGUAUCCUGUUGCCAUGGUGAUGCUAGAGGAGGACGAGCUGCUCAGGAAAAUGCGAUUUCAUCUCGUCCCCAAACAAUUAAAAGAAGAGGUUUUCUGGAGGAAUUAUUUCUACCGAGUCUCAUUGAUAAAACAGUCAGCUCAGCUCACAGUGCUGGCAACACAACGGGCUCCAGAUAGGGAGAAGACUGGCAAAGAUACCUCAGUGAAUGAACAAGACCAAGAUGCUGCCCAGAAAAAGCCUCCCUCUGCCGACUCUCCUGCAGCAGAGACAGCUGAGGAGGAGAUCUGCGCCAGCUCUCCUGUCCCAGAGUUUGUGAGCGAUGCUUUCCACUCAUGCAACUUAAAUGAGGACGACCUACGCAAAGAGAUGCAACAGCUGGUACUCGCUGAGACUCCAGACUGGGAGAUCGAGCUGCAGGAGGAGCUUCAGGAUUUGGAUGUUUUGGCUGAAAACCAGGAUUACCACUGGGAACAAGAGAUUGAGAUGAUGCUGAAAGAAGACAGUUAGGUCAAACUCAGGCUACACACGGUAUUACUCACCAAUGGACGGGGAUGUAACUGUGCAAUAAUAUGAUAUUAUAUUAUAAUAUCAUUAUAAUUGUGAUAUAUAUAAUAUAUGUGACCCAAUAACCAACAUGUGUAACUACAUGUCCAACUGGAGAUGUUCAAAAUGUUACAGAAAUGUAUUUUUAGAAUCACAACUGGAGGCAAAUAUAAAGCAAAUGUCUACCAUCAAAAUACCAAAGAUAUUUUAAACAACAAUUCAAUUUACACAUGUAAACUACUGUAUGGCAAGCUAUGUAAGCAGCAUUUUACCAUUGUUACAUUACUUCCAGUGCUUUAUAUCAGUGCAAUACCUGUCCAGUACUUUUAAUUACUGUUUUUAUAUCUCAAAGGUUCUGAGUCCAACUUUUAUCAUGAACAUAAUUGAUGCCUUGUCGAACAAUGCAUGCAGGAUUGUAAAGGUUUUCUAGUUUUUAGUGUUACUGUGAAUUAUGGCAAUACAAGUGAACCUUUUUGAAACUGACUAGUAUUUAUGGAUGUACUGCUACAAGUACAAGAGUUACUUCUUUUCUGUCGAUUUGUUGAAACCAUUUGUGCCUUACUGUCUGCUGCUCAGUCAAGAAUAAAAAUGAUGUUGUUAUGACAAA